GGGGCCCAAGGGGGUAAAACCCCUCUCAAUGUUGGGGGGGGGGGGGGACGAUAAACAAGGAAAGUUACAAUGAAUUUUAACAUGGUUGAGAAAGUUUUUAAUUUGUUCAAGCUGCAGGAACAAAAAUGACGAGUGUCAAUGUACAACAAAGUGUUUUUCUCAGUAAAAAACUGUUGAGACCCUUUUCUGGUUUUCCUAAGUCCUGAAUGGCUGAGAACCUGGUAGGUGAAUAUCUGGGAAGUAUCAUAACUUUAACUUAACGCUCAAAGCACCAGGGAUUUUAUGGAAAAAUAUUCAGAUUUUAAUGUGUGGUUUUAAAUGUUCUAUGUUGAAGAAAUAAAGGCAUUCAUUCUUUCCCAGAAAAGUUCCAUAGUAAAGAAAUAUUGGGCAAAAUGGCAUCCAUGGGACUUUUCAAAAGUCAAAGACAGCUGACCAAAGAGAACACGAACACUUUACUUUUGCCGAAAAGGCAUCUCAUUGUCCCAGAGGCCCCAGGGGAAAUUAUUUUGUGGCUUGACAGACCUCUGAUUCACUCAACAAGAAAAAAAAAAAUAGACUGUUUUGGAUUGGCCUGAUCAAAGUGUGAGCUUAAUUAAAUCCAGUGCUGGAUCAUGACCUCAAGCGUGCCAUGAGUAAAAGCAGUUUACUUGUGGCCCAAGAGCUGGGAAAAAAUUCCUCCAGUGACGUAACAGACUUGUCAUCAGUAAAAACAAGCCCUGGAUAAGCCGGUUUUCUUGCUAUGAAAAGGCAACUGAACGUAGGUGAUUCUGAUUCAUUUAAAUCCUAACCUUCACGUCUCACACAAAUGUCCGCUAGAUGGCAGCACUGUUCAGGUUUUGAACUCAGCUGAAUUGUGUUCUUCAGUGUAUACACUGAAUAUAUAAAUGUAUACAUUUAGUAAACACUUGCAGAUAGAUUCAGUCAGGAACUGUUCACGCGUCAGUAUCUACGUUCACAAUAUUUAUUUGUAUUUUUGUAAGACUGUUGUAACCCCACACUAAUUGCUAGGGUUGUAAAAUAACUCACGGAAUGAGUACCAAGAAACCAUUACUGUUGCUACCGAAUUUCUUGUAAAUAUGAUUUUCAUAGUUCUUGUAAUUUAAGCAGAAAAUAUGAUGGCAACUUUAUAUUGCCAUCUAUAUUAAAGUUUACUUCUUCUUAGUAUAAUAUAGUAUUUCCAUAAUUCCUACAUUAAAUAUCAGCACUUUAAAUAAUAUUUACAGAAACAAACAUAAAAAAACUGUAUGCAUUGUAGUAGUAGUACUAAUAAUAUGAAAUAACGUUAAUGGUAAUAAUAGUUUGUUGCGAUAAAAUGUAUGUUUUCCGUUCUACCUGUCCACCAAAGCAGAUGGGAAGCCCAAAUACCUGAAGUGUCCAUCAGUCAGUGAAUGCAGCACAGACUGCCUGAAGUUUCCGACACUGAAAGGUGUGUUAAUGUCAGAGCGCUGGCCGUUUCAAAGCCUUGUAGGUACCUUGUUUUAGAUGACUUCGGACAGCAUCCUCCAGCGCUCAGGUCAUAGCAAAACCAAACCAAAUCAAACCGUAGAUAAAUCUGUGCGCAUACUUUACAUACCUGUGGUAUAGAAUCAGUUUCGGGAAAAUAACAGUUUAAAAAUAGUAUAAAACGAGCAAAACCUCUCCAAAACACCAGCAGUAGAAUUUUGAGAGUUUUCGGAAUGAUCUUCUCGAAUUUACUCCUUGCGACGCUGUGCGUUUUUGCGCAGUUGGACACUUUGGACACUUUUACGCACGGCUGCCAGUUGCCCUCCGAGUGGCGGCCGCUGAGCGAGGGCUGCCGGGCGGAGCUGGCGGAGAUCAUCGUGUAUGCUCGGGUCCUGGCGAUCCACCGGGAGCCGCCGGGCUUCGGUGCGGGCAACGCGCACAACUCGCUGCCCUUCGGCUACGACUACCUGAGCGCGGAGGAAGGGCUGCUGUACUCGGCGGAGGUGGAGCUGCUGUGCGACCAGGCCUGGGGCAGCAUGCUGGAGGUACCGUCCGGAUCAAGGCUCAACCUGACCGGGCUGGGGUACCUGUCCUGCCAGUCCCACACCGUGAUGGAAAAUUACUCCUACUUCUUCUUCCUCAGGAUGGAUGAGAACUACAGCAUCCUGCCUCAUGGUGUGAACUUCCAGGAUGCAGUCUUCCCUGACACGGUGGAGAACAGGCGCACCUUCUCCAGCCUUUUCCAGUUUUCCAACUGCAGUCAAGGGAGCCAACCGUUCCACACCUUCAGCCCAGAGUGGGAGACCCAGGAGGACAGCAGGCUGCUGUGCUCCUCGGUGCAGCUGGCUCUGUUCGAGGAGGAGGAGCGGGGCCGGAAGCUGCAGGAGCGCCUGGCCGCAGCCGAGAGGAGGAACCGGCAGCUGAAGGAGCGUGUUGGCAAGGUGAAGCGCUCCCUGAGAAACGCCCGCAAGGCCGCACGCAAGGCAGAGCAGGAGGCACGGGAGCUGCAGGAGAAACUGAGGGCAGCGGAGAGGCAGGCGGGGCGUCACCUCAACGCAGUGACGCAGGAGGAGCCGUCACUGGGGGCCUUCACAGGUACAGCGAUACGGGAGAGGAUGCAGCUUUGAUUUUUUUUUUUAUUAUUAUCUUCUAAAUGGACCUAAAAUUGGCUGUGGAGAUGGAGAGACUGCGGGACAGUCUUUCUGCAAGGGACAAAUACCUUUUAUGAAUGAAUACACCAAAUGUUAAAGUAUUCAUCCAGAUAAAUUUCUUGUAAAUAAAUUUAAAACUUCACGACUCAA